AUGGAUUUACUUCCUAAUGAAGAGUACUUGAUAAGAAAAGAAACCUUUCAUAAGAAUAAACCAGGCACGUUAGGACUUACAAAUCUCCGAUUAAUAUGAAGCGCCAUGGAUUCUUCAGUCCCAGUCAUCCAAUUAGCCUAUCAUAGCAUAGAAAUAGUGGAUCAUGUCAUGGAUGAAGCUAAAACAAAGUCAAUUUUAAAAGUAGCUGGGAAAGAUCCGAGCCAAAAACGAAUUGAAGUCCAUUUUGCAUUUAUUUCACCAACACACCAAGACGAUCUGCAAACUUGUAAAGAUUAUAUUUUCAGCUAUCGUACAAAAAACCAAAAAGUUGACGAGAUUUAUUUUUUAAGCAAAGAUACACAGCAAAAAAUAAAAAUUUUGAAAAAUGACUCAGAUUUAGCUGAAAUUCAUAGAGUUUUAUGCAUUUUAUAGUAAAUUAAUAAUCAUUUAUAUUAGAAAUCAUUUAUUAAGAGUUAGUAUAGAUAGAAUAGUAAGAGAAGGAGACGUUUCUGAAGAAGAAUUUUGGCAAGCAAGCUCAUCAUUUCAAGAAUAUCUAUUAGAAAAAAGGCAUAAUGAGCAAAUAAUGGGAAAACUAAGCAGCGUUGUUAGAAUCCCUCACAGAGUUAUACAACAAAACCAAAUUGCAGUAGAUUUGCUUACUCCCUAGCCUUUUUAAUUGGAACAAAACAUAGGAAGAGGAUAUUUUGUUCCAAUUUAAAAGGGGGUGAGCUAAUAAACACAAAGAAUUAAUUUUUCGGCAACUUCCUGAUAUAAGGCAAAGUUUCAUCCAAAAUGUUCCUCAUAAAAAGAGCGAAAAAGAUUUUUGGAGACAUUUUUGGGAAAAGCAGCUUGAGCUUGGAGCUGCUAUGGCAGAUUCAUUAGAACUCACAUCAGAUUAUAUUCCUGAAUGUCCAUUACAAUUUAUCGACGAUUCAUUACCCUCUAAUUACGGAAAUUACAGGUCUGUUGGCUCUCAAAAUGCAGUUGCCUCUCAAAUAAUUCAACAUAUAAAUCAGCACUCAGCAUUUACAGUAAAAUCAUGUAACUUUCCAUCAGAAUAUCGUACUACAGAAAAAAAAGAAUUUAAAAUUCCUAAACGAAAAUUAAGCGACAUGCAAUUGGAUGCGCCAACUCCAGAUCAGUCAAGUUGGCUACAAGAAAUUAGGAACUUCACGACAAGUGCUGACAUAAAAACUGUAUUUCCAAGCAUUAUGGAAUGUGGAGAAGCAAUGAAACAAAUUUUCCAUCAAUUAACAAUUGAUAGCGAAGAAAAUCUUCAAGAUGAUGUAUCAGCGAAUAAUUUGGCAAAAAAAGUGUAUGAAAUUUUAAAGCAUUUUUAUGCUGAAUAUCAUAUACAUAAAAUGGCUGACGGCGGCCGACCCACCCUCUCAGUGGUGGUUUACCCAUGUAUAUCCGGGCAUGGUUUUUGGAGCCGGGAGCUGGCCCAACAAUGUUUUGGACCUCGAGGCGAGAGGUCUAAGCACGGAGACCGCUGUUUCUGUGACAAAACCCAUGGGCAGUUACUCGCGACUUCUUUUUGCCAGCAGCGCUCAGCCCAGUGAGAGCCCGAAAUCAGGCAGGGCGACUUACCUGCCUAAGCUGCUUUUGUGGCUUGCCCCGAAUGGCGAAAGCUGUUGAGUUCUUUCUCGGGAUGACCGGAAAAGAGGGGAAGGCAAGCUAGACAACAAAACGGGAGUCUCUCCAGUUAAAAGGUGCCCUUCAAUGGGCAGAUCUGGCGGACGACGCGGCAGUGUUGGCGUAAACUUAGGCGACGAUCCAAGUUGGAAAUGGAGGCGGUCAGCAAAGACGGUAUGACACGUCCCUUGACCUUUACCUCUACCGAGAAGCCGGGGGUUUCGGCCCGGGCUUGGUGAACGCUCUGCCACCAUACGGGAAACCGUAGAAUGCUUCCUCGGACGAAGUGGGGACUUUAAAUACCCAGCGUAAUCUUAAUCUUAAUCUUAAUCUUUAUGCUGAAUAUCCAGUCACUGAGCAGAAAUCAAUUAUUAGGAUGGAAAAAAUUGUUCAGGUUGCAAGAAAAUUGAUUUAUGGGCAAUCAGCAAAUAUUUCUCAUCAGAUCAGCUGUGAAGCACUGAAAGGUAUGGUUGCAGCUGCUGAAGAAAAGCUAAAAAUUUUAAAAGGAGAAUAA